AUGUUUGACUUCGCAGUUGGGUCAGGAGGCAAGCGCGCAGGCCAACGCGGUGGACGUGAUGACCGUAGCGGUAAGGCUGCGGCAGAUCCUGGAAGUCCAUCAGGCUGCCAAGGAAUGGCUUUGGCACGUGGCGACGAGGAGGAACAUGCCGAGCUUGAAGGUCGCGGUGCUGGAAAACGCAACAGCGCCAAGGCGGCGGCGGAAAAGGGCAGUUAUGAGGGCAAGCACUCGCAGGAUGUGGCUGGUGGUCACGAGCAGGCGCAUGCUGAGCUUAAAGGCCGCGGUGGAGGAAAACACAACAGCGCCAAGGCGGUGGCGGCAAAGGGCAGUCCCUCGGGCAAGCACUCGCAGGAUGUGGCUGGUGGCGACGAGUACGCGCAAGCUGAGCUUGAAGGCCGCGGUGGUGGAAAAUGCAAAAGCGCCAAGGCGGCGGCGGCUGUGCUCAGUCUCUCGGGCAGGCACUCGCAGGAUGUGGCUGGUGGUGAGGAGCAGGCGCUGCCCAAGCCAGUCUUUGAAGCAAACAAGCGAGGUGGUGGCGGUAUCAACCAUGACGAGGAUGAGCCUGGAGCAGUGGCUGAUGGGAAAGAGCAUGGACGUGAAGCUAUGAUCGCCGACAGUGAAUCGGGCAGCUCAUCUGGGAGUGAGGAGGUAUAUGAGGACGAGGAUGACGAGGAGGAGGAGGAGGAGGAGGAGGAGGAGGAGGAGGAGGAGGAGGAGGAGGAGGAUGAGGAGUUGGAGCCGGAGAGCGAGGAUGGGGAGGAGGCUCGGCCUUUGAAGAGGAGUGUGCGGAAACCCAAGAAGGGCAACGAGAACGUGUUGGUGGCAUUAUGCGCAGUGAUAGCGGCAUGGCUGCAGUGGGAUAGGCACUCCCAGUACGACUCGCUUCAGGGAGAGCCCCUGUUCAUGGUGCUGGAGAACAUGGGAGGUGGCGCUGGGCGUACGGUGCUCUCACACUCUGCCCCAUCUCCCCUCUCUCACCAAAACAAUUCUAUCCCUUCUCCCUCCCCCCUCUCUAUCCCAUCCCUCUCCCUCCUCUUCCAGAGCCCUUAUAAACGGUGCUGCUGGUCGCGCGUGUGGCAUGCGGGGCAGCGUGGGAUAGGGGUGGCUGCAAUGGGAGUUGAGACUCCCACCAUACGUUGGUUCUUCUCCCACUCUCCCCUUCUCCCACCCCCCUUUUAUCUCCCGCCCUCCCCUUCUCUCCCGCCAUCCCAUUCUCUCCCGCCCUCCCUUUCCCUUGCGCCCUCCCCUUCUCUACCACCCUCCCCUUCUCUCCCGCCCUCCCCUUCAUCCAUACCCUUUGGACAACCCUUAACCAUGUCAUGCAUGAUCACGCAUGUCACAUGCUGCCCCGCAUUGUCAUGCAUGCCCACAGGAGGGAAUCAGCGGGGCUUCAAGUGGGGCGACAGUGGGCUGUAUGUUCACGAGUCGGCGUUCUGGGGGACGGCCGAGCCUGAUGAUGAGAAGAAGGACCUGAAGGAGGAAGAGCAAGAGGUGUACGACACUGAGGACAUGGAGACGGAUGACGAGGAGGUGGAGGAGGAGGAGGAGGAGGAGGAGGAGGAGGAGGAGGAGGAGGAGGAGGAGGAGGAGGACGACGACGACGACGACGACGAUGACGAGGAGGCGGAGCUGACCGAGGAACCGCAGGAGACCGCGGGAGGCCGCGGACAACCGCGGGACCGCGGGAGGCCGCGGGAGGUUGCGGGAGACCGCGGGACCGCGGGAGGCCGCGGGAGACCGCGGGAAUGCGGGAGGCCGCGGGACCGCGGGAGGCCGCGGGAGACCGCGGGACUGCGGGAGGCCGCGGGACCGCGGGAGGCCGCGGGGCCGUGGGAAGCCGCGGAAGGCAACCACGGGAUCACGGGACCGCGGGGACCGCGAUGGGCGCUGGUGGACGACCGGGGGCCACGGGGGCCGCGGGAUACCCGGUCGACCAGGAUACCCAGGCGACGUGGGUGA